CACCUUCCAAGCACUCACUAUCCGGCGAUAUCUCCCUUGACCGUCCUUUGCGGCUAUUGAAGCAGUAGGUCAGACAACGACGCUAACACUGGAGCUGUAAAAUCAACUGCGGGGGCUCCCGUUCAAAGCGCCGCAUCAAGCUGACCAGCUUGCGCAGUGAAAUCACUUGCGACUCUCUCUGAAACGAUAUUUCUGUUUUGGAGAAGUGCAAAUUGAUAUCCCAUUAAAAACCACUGCCGCCGCCACCAAAAAUCCAAAAUUGAAGCAAAAAUGGUUCAAAAUAAGAUCACCGAAAUCACUGGGUUCCAUCGCUCUUUCAAGGGCCAAAAUCCAUUUGAAUCUGACGGCUUCACUAAAAAUGGAUCCCUUAUUCAUUCGUCCUUUAAUUUUGAUUCCUCCCCAAGACAUGACAUAACUUCCAGCCAUCCUAUUGACAUCCCCGAUGCCAAGAAGAGAAACAAGAAGAAAAAGCGUUGCCGGGCAACUGACAGUUUCUCAGGGAGAUUUGAAGAUGUCUACAGACUGCAUGAAGAGUUACUAGGAGAGGGUGCUUAUGCCAGAGUGCAAACAUGCUUCAACCUCAUCACCAACAAGGAGUAUGCCGUCAAGAUCAUUGAGAAGAGACCGGGUCACAGCCGCAGCCGAGUCUUUCGAGAGGUGGAGAUGCUCUAUCAGUGCCAGGGACACAGUAACAUCCUGGAGCUGGUAGAGUUCUUUGAAGAGGAAGAUAAAUUCUACCUGGUGUUUGAAAAGCUAAGAGGAGGCUCCAUCUUGGCACACAUUCACAAACGACGAUACUUCAGCGAACAGGAAGCCAGUGUUGUCGUGCAGGAAAUCGCCAGUGCUCUGGAUUUCCUGCAUAACAAAGGAAUGGCACAUAGAGACCUCAAACCUGAAAACAUCCUCUGCAAGAGUGCAGACAAGAUUUCCCCAGUCAAGAUCUGUGACUUUGACCUGGGCAGUGGUAUCAAGCUGAACAGCGACAGCUCGCCCAUCUCCACCCCUGAGCUCCUCACUCCUUGUGGCUCAGCAGAGUACAUGGCACCCGAGGUGGUGGAGGCCUUCAGUGAGGAGGCCACUAUUUAUGACAAGCGCUGUGACCUGUGGAGCCUUGGAGUCAUCCUUUACAUCAUGCUGAGCGGCUACCCCCCCUUUGUAGGCCGCUGUGGUGGAGGCUGCGGCUGGGAGUUAGGGGAGCCCUGCCACACCUGCCAGAACACUCUGUUUGAGAGUAUCCAGGAAGGAAAAUACGAGUUCCCAGAAAAAGACUGGGCUAACAUCUCCUCAAGUGCCAAAGACCUCAUAUCCAAACUUCUGGUUCGGGACGCCAAAAGUCGCCUGAGUGCCAGCCAGGUGCUGCGACACCCCUGGGUGCAGAGGGGUGCAUCUGACACUUUAUCAACAUCAAUCCUGCAUCCAAGAUCCAGCAAUGCCAGGGAUUUUACAUUCUUUGCUGACAAAGCCAUGGCUGUGAACCGGCAGCUAGCUGAACAGGACGACAUGGAAGACCAGCAGCUGCAGGAUGUCCCGUUUGUUAUUACCACUACUGGCUCUUCUAUUCGCCUCUCCCUUUCUUCCAACUCCAAGCUGGCCCGGCGCCGGCAGCAGCCCAGCCUGGGGCCCGUCUCUGCUGCAGAGCUCCGCCAGCUCCUGGCCCCUCUGGUUAUUGUGGGAGACUGUGCCUGAACCUUCUCAACCCUGACCUCCGACCUCCUGUUAAGAUUCAAGUCCAGAUCCAGACUACCCUGGGACUCUCUCAUCAAUUCUGGCCCCCCUCCCUGACUCUUGCGGGCCUUGGUUCCUCUGCCAUUUGGGCUUUCUUGCCUCGCUGUAAGGGAGACGCUGCUUGCAGCCCUUCCUCUAAAUGCCUUCUGCCCUUCCGCAGCACUUUUGAAGCACAUCAGCCCAGGGCCCACACACACACACACGUGCGCAAGUCAAUGUUUGGGGGGGAGGACCAGUUAAUGAUUUGGGAGAGAAGUAUUUUCUAAGUUUUUCUUCAUAAAAAUAAGUUCAGAAGAAAGCAAGAACACUUAUCUUUGAAACUAAGCUCAGACACCAAAGGACAACCUGUUGUGCUGCUCCCACGUUACAACUGGAUCCACUGUGAAAUAAUUUAUCUGGAAUGUUCUCUUUGCCUGUAUGUAUAUGCAUGAGUGGCCCAUCUGCAGAUACAUACGAGCUUAUGCAAUAUGCCAAGUAGGCUGUCCUGUAUCAGAGGGAUUUAUAAGAGAGGUUGAAAGGGCUGUAAGCCAAUGCUGUCCGUGCCUGGUGCGGUCCGUUCAUAUGGCUGGAGACUUAAAGGUUUUUUUUUUCUCCAUUUGAGAUAAAUUCCUCAACACUGAGCUCCUCUAUAAAUGUAAGAGAAAACAUGCACUCAUCGAGCUUGGUGGCCAUGCACUUAAUGCUCCCAGGGCAAAGAAUGUUUGUCUGUUCGCAGCCAGGCACAACUUGCGCUUUCACCCAUUCAUACAGUUUAUUCCAUCUAUGCCAAAUGAUCCGUGGCCACAUCAUUCAUCCCUCCUGAUAGAGUUUGAUCAAACCUAUUUUUUACUUGGUAUAUGAUGCAUGGCCACCCCAAAGUACACCUCUGACGUAGCUCUUAAGUAUACUGGUUUGUUGGUACAAGCUAAUUAUUUAAAUUUGCUAAGCUAGUGAAACUGGGUCAGUGUUACUCAUCAUAAAGAAUUGUCCCUUUGCUGCAACCAGGACUACCUUUUUUUUUUUUUUUUUUCGUAAUUUCUGUCUAAGAAAUAGAUU